CACCUUCUCCUCCUCCGCCACCUCCUCUCUCAGUGCUUUGCUCUCGCACCACACUGCUACGCGGAACGUCUUCGCGUCAUUUCGGUGAAAUCGUGACACCACCCGACAUAUAUCGGUCACCGUUGCGAUGCUUCCGCGACGUGUACCGCCUUUUUUCGUUCGUGGCUCGAGACCUCGAGGAAAAUCCCGGCUCACGCAGUAUUUUUACUUUCAAAAUGGAUGGGGCCCCCCUCUGAGGAGCGGCGCACGGUUUGAAUUGACGCUAAAGAACGCCGUUAGAGGCGCCACAUGGUGCACUAUCCUCCCGCCAUCUGUUGGCUUCUGUGAACUCGCCUUUUUCAACGUUGCAAUUCUUUCGAUGAGAUUUGCCUGCGAUUGGCGCUCGAUAAAAGUUACUUCUGAUUGUUCGAUUCUAAGGGCGAUCGGAUUGGAUCUUGCGAACGAUCGUGUUUUAUUGGUUGAUAAAUUAUCGAACGUUUAUCGACAAUAGAUCGAUAAUUGUUCGCGAUUUCUCUUCUAGUCGGAUAAUUAUGGCCUUAGAUUAUGCAGUCUCGAUUCAUGGCUAAUGAAAUGACAUAUAAACGUAAAAAAUACCACAGAGGGGAUACACAUUUGAAAAAAGGAUGGAGAACUAAAAGAAGAACGAAAGAUUUGGAUGAGAUCGAUGAAGAUUUGAAAGAAGAGAAUGUGAAACGAUUAUUACAUCAAGAAGUGGAUUUAGAUAAGCCAGGAGCUGCACAACAUUAUUGUGUACAUUGCGCGAGAUAUUUUAUAAAUCAAACUGCUUUGCAUAGCCAUUUUACAACAAAGGUACAUAAACGUAGAUUAAAAGCUCUUGAAUUAGUACCUUAUAGUAUUGAAGAAUCUGAAAGAGCUGCUGGAAAAGGGAGUUAUAUAGAACCACAAAAGAGGAAAAUAGAAACUUUAACUGUAGAUAGUAAUGCAGACACAAUAUCGCAAUCUAAGUUAGUAAAAAUGGAUAGCUAAGUGAUAUUUGAUACGUAUUAUCUAUACGAUUGUGGUAAUUAUAAAAUAUUAGGUUAUUUUGAAAAAAAACUUAUAUUACCUUUUAAUGAAUGAUGUAUACAUUUUU